AUGGAGAUGUGUUGGUUGGAAAAGGAAAACCGAGAUAUCACUUCUAUUAAGAGAAAAGCUAUUGAGAAAGUUAAACCAAAAAAGAAACACAAAACUAUUGAAAGAGAGGAAAAACUACCUGAAGAAGAUUCCAUGAUUUCUAUUACAACAUCUGUCAACCGUGCUUUAAAAAUUUCUUUACCAGAAAUCAUUCUAAAUACCAUACCAAUUCUAGUCUACCUUGAUUUACGUGAUAAAUCAAACUCAACUAUUGAAUCUACUGAAAAGAUGAGAUCAUGA